CCAGGCGGAAUAUAAAUAAGAAAUCAACGGCGUAUUACCAAGGGAAUAAUCAUCCAUCCUCGAUUCUCGUCAGGUUUCGACAUGGAUUACUUCUCUGGCAAGCGUUUAUCGAACAAAUUGAAAACAAUAUUUAUCGCUAUUCGGCCUUGGUCAUUCUCUGCUUCAAUCACAAGCACGUUUCUCGGAUAUUUACUUGCAUGGAAAGUCAAUGGUGCAAUCGACUCCAUUCAAAUGCUAUUCACGACAGCUUCAAUUUUGUUCAUUCACGGCGCUGGGAAUUUAGUGAACACCUACUACGAUUUCGCUAACGGAUUCGAUACCAAAGAUUCUGACGAUAAAGCGCUGGUAAAGAAAGACCUUACUCCCAACGAAAUUGUCGCUUGUAUUGGGGAGUUUUAUUUCUUGGGAAUGCUAUCCUUUCUUGUGGUUUAUCUUCAUUCAGAGGUAAACAAUAUCUCGUUGGUUUGUCUUUUCUUAAGUGGCGUUUUCAGUUCUUUUGUUUACACCGGAGGAAUUGGUUUGAAAUACAUCGCGUUCGGAGAUGUUCUGAUCUUCUUGACCUUUGGCUUUCUGACGACAGCGUUCGCCUACUUUGCUCACACUGGAAAAUUGUCAAUGGACAUAAUUAGCUACGCUUUACCGAUGGCACUAAACACAGAAGCUAUACUUCAUGGGUGAGUGCAAAAUUAGCUCAGCGUGAUUGAUCGUGAUUCCCACAUUAAGUAUCAACGAAGGAGCUUCAUCCCACAACCCCCCCCCCCGCUCCCCACCAAAUUUGUUUAGGUUUUUUUUCCCUUUUUUUUGAAAAUUGAAAUAUUUUGGAUUAAUACCGUGAUCUCGGGUAGACUUUCACAUACCGGAAUCCAUUGUUUUCAAUCUACAUUGUUACAGCUGUAUUCAUGUCCAACAUCUACUAUUUGAGAUUCUGGUAUAUGAAACACAACCUGACAUCUUUUAUUCAGCAACAAAUGCCUGGCGAUGGUUUGUGGACUGUGGACUUAGGACAAAGGACUGAGGGCCAGGUAUAAUAAGCCAGUUUGGAAUAGACCUUAUUUACGAUACCUGCCAUCUUUGCACAUAGUCUAGGAUCGAUGGGAUAAAAGCUACAUGUAUGUCGCAUGGCAUUUCAGGGGGCAAACAAGUGAUAAAAUUUUCCAAUACGAACAAUCGCGGUCUAGUUUAUUUAUUCUGUCAAAACAAGACAACGAUUUCAUAGUCGUGCAAAAUGUACCUAUCGAGUUUUGGCAAGAUUUACAUCAUUACUGCUUGCCAUGAGGACAUCUACCAUUGCUACUGCACACAAAAAGGUAACAAUGAUCACUUUCACCCAUAUUUUGACAUUAUCAUCUUUAAAGAGACACAGUCAGCUACGUACCUGCGCUGACCCGGACACUACUUUUGCCAGUUUGAAAAGCAUUUACCUCUGCCCAAAAUCAAACCUACACAUCGCAUACAUCUAGAAAUUCGCUUCAAUCCUGCCUAGUGUUUCAUUCGAUCCUCAAUCUUUUACUGAAAAUCUCUUUCUGAGCAAACUUUUACUCAUCCUAUUACAUUAUUUUAUCAUGUUUGGUUAAAAACAGUAUUCAAAGGAACAUGAACAGAAGUGGUGAGGAACGCGUAGGAGCCAGGCAGGAGAAAUCGCCUUUGUUUACCAAAAUAACAAGAGAAAUGAAUCAGUAACAUUGAUGAGCAAAUAAUUGCUAUAUAUAUUUGGAAAAUCAAUGGAGGUUCAUAUAUAUUUUUAUAUAUUAAGAAAAUCAUGCUUUCUCGACUGUGAACCUUGGACAAUGAUUCAGACUUUGUGCAAUUUCUCACCUCCAAUGAUGUUCGAAUUCUGAAGUAUUCUUCAAUGUUUAUUGCUUUCCCUGGAAAAAUCCAUCGGCGAAUUCUCAAUGGAAUAAAUGAGUGCUCUGAUAUGGCUUAGGACCUACAAUCACGAUUUCGGCUUGUACUUAGUUCAACUCUUCAGGGUUUGUUUAGAGUAUUCCGGAUACGCCUUUGUUUUAUGCGCAUCUUGCGACAUGCAAAUCAGCUAAGAUAUGGUAUCUAAUGCGCAGGUGCCUCAGCUGACUGUGUCCCUUUAAGAUGAAAAGGUCUCUAUUUCCUGUUGUCUAGAAUAAUUAAACUUGACUGCGAUUUCUUCUACUGGCAAUUUUUUUCGCUUGUUUGCCCCCUUGAGAAACCACGUGACAUUGCUUUUAUUGAAUCAGUGCAUAAAUGGGUGCAAAAAUGGCAUGUAUAGUGAAUACAUUGUUAAACAAUACACACUUGGCUGUGAUGGGAAUGUUAAAAUUAUCCUUGAAUGUCAAUUUUAUGGUGUUUCUUUUGUUUUCUACCCUUCUACCCCUCAGCCUUGGAGCCAAGUAUGAAUUUUAAAAAUUCAUUUUAUAGCCUGCAUAGGCUGAAGUCACAUUUUUUGGUGUGUUUUUUCAAUUCUGUUUCAUAAUAUAAGAGGUCAAACAAGAAAAUAUUUGGGGAAGGGGACGAGAGAAGGAAGGCAGAGAGAACAUCAGCCUGAUGUCAGACAACCCCUUGAGAUUUUUAAAAUCCCCUCUCCAUUUGCAUGUGGCUCUCGUGUGGUGUGACAUGUUUCCCCACUAAACAUUUGAAGUUUGACGGCUGUAAAAGCAAACUGUUGUGCCAAAGGUUAAAGUUGUUCAUGUUUAAAAUCAGCGCACUCAACUAAUUUUUUAGGGAUGUCUUUCAUUGAUUGGGAACAAAUUUCAUUAUUGGAUUCAAAAUUCCACUUUCAAUUCAAAGACUGAAAUUGUCUAUUUAAAAUGAAUGUUGAUUACUGUCUCAUGGUAGUUAAAAUAGAAAGGCAAAAAAUCACAUGCAAAUUACAAAACUGUUUAUAACAGCUGUUCACUUAAUUUACAUAACAGGUUUUUUCUCCCUUUACUUCCACGAAUAUUUCUCGUUCAGAAACAGAACAAUCAAUUGGUUUUAAGAAUUAUUCUUUUGGAGUUUUAGAACUGCAAAACUUAGUAUUGCUGUCUAAAAACACUUGCAAUAAUAUUUUGUUGAACAAAAUCAAGUCAGAUGCUUCAAGCUGCCAAAGAGUUGCCUACUUUGUAAGUGCUUUGUAGAAAAAAAAUUCCGAUAGCCUGCGUACUAGGCGCUAGGAAAUAAAUACUGGUAUUUUGCCUGUUUUACUGCAUGCUUAACUACCGAUGAAAGUGCCUGGUCAGACGACAGCUAAUUUUUCUCAAUAACUCAUGCCAUAGACAUAACUUAAGUUUUCCAAAAUCAGUGCCAGACUAUAGACUAGUUUUUAUGGAUAAGUUAACCUUAAGUAACCAUGAGAGCUUAACAUUAAGUAAGCUUACAAUUUCAUUCUUUCAGUUCUCAGGAGCCUUGAUUAUAAUAAGUGUAUUUACAAGAUUAAAGUAAAAAACUUUACAGAAAUUUACCAUUUCCCUGUCUAUAUUGUAAUGAUAUGCACUGAGAAGUGGGACUGUUUGACAUCAGCUGAAAAUGUAUUUAAUUGUAACACUAAAGGAGUUCAUCCCUGGAAUUAAAAAGUUAGAACUCCAUACUAAAUAAAAUAAAAUACUGCUGAAGAGGUUUCAUUUGAAUGGUAACACCAUAGGAUUUCAUCCACAAACUCAAAAGUUUGAUUUGCCUUUGACUCCUCCAUUCACUGUAGGAGUUAAAAAGUUAUAUGAGGUGUAUACAAUCGGCAACAAAAUUUCGCCCUGAAGGGGCUUCCUGAUGUUUUACUAACUUCAAAAGGGAAAAAUAAAGCUUUUCCUACCCCAUCCUCUCAAUGCAAUGUUGUGCUGCUGUGCGAGCUACGUAUAGAAAACAACAAACACCCCGACUUUGAAUGGAGGGGAGGGGGACCCAAUUUGAGUUCAAUGUCUCAACAAUUUUGUCACUGAUUGUAGGUACGUGUAAGGCUAAAAGGUGUGGUUUGUUGGUUCCUUUUGGUCCAAAAUUGAUUAUAGAGUUCAGUCAUGUCCAUCCGAAAUGGGGUAAGGUUUUGUACUUUGUCGAAUUGGCUGGUGUUUCUUUUUUUUUAAUUUUUACAAAAAAUGAUUUGUCUUAUGUGAACAACAAUUUUGGUUUGCGAUAGGGUAGGGAAAUCAUGUAUUUUGGUCUGAGAUUCUGCCUGACGUUUUGAAGAUAAUUUAGCUUAAUUUAGCCUUGAAUUAGCAUACCAGUUUGUUAUUAUGAAGUUUCUUAUGGGUUAUGCUAUCAGAUGUGAUUUGAGAUCAAUCAUACAAAAUCGCACCAUUAUAUAUUGUCAGCCUUAGCCCUGAUAGGACAAGGGUGUGAGUUGAAAGUCUCUUUUAUGAGUGCCUCUAGAGGGCAUUAACCCUUUAAGCUCUAAGAGUGAUCAGCAUCAAAUUUCUCCUUCUAAUAACAAUGCUUUGUAAAACAGAGUGGUCAUGAGAAUUAUGGACAUGAUCACACAAGAUGAAUUUGCUUGAUAUUUUAUCAACUUCUCCCCACUACUUUUGUAGGAAAUGAAUGGCGGCAACAAAUGAGAAUUCAAAUUUUGAUCUUAAGGUGUAAAGGGUUUUAUUCAGUCUGCUAGUCCUUGCUAUUAAAAUGAAUAAUUAUUUUAAUGUUCAGUUUAGAAAAAAAAACAUUGCAUUUAAACUGUUUUUUAUCGCAAAAUCAUGUACUUAUGCUCUCUCUUUCUUCAGGAACAACACACGUGACCUUGAAAGUGACAAGUCAGCUGGGGGUAUUACAUUAGCUAUUUUGCUGGGAAAGAGAAACGCAUGUAUUCUCUAUUGUCUACUGUUGAUGAUCCCGUAUGCUGUGCUUGGUAUCCUGGCCUUCAAUUCUUCUUGGACGUUGCUUCUUCCCUUGGUAACAGUCCCACUUGCCGUUGGUCUCUCGGCCAAAUGUUUCCGCGGUGAUCUGGUGAUGAUUCCACAAGGCACUGCUCAGUUAAAUCUUUUAUUUGGCUUCCUUUACCUAACUGGAUUGGCUCUUGCACCUUGACAAAGCUCAUUUACCGACAGUAAAUGUUCACCUCAAUAGAUAGGAGAAGUGUGACGUCACGUUACCGUGGUAGCAAAAAUUUCUGGAUCUCAGCAAUCGUUCUUGACAGAAACGGCCAUUUGCAUUGUCAGACGAUGGAACAAAAGUGUGGGCUACCUUUUUGCUCCUGAGUGUAAUCCUGUAAAGGAAAGUCAUGUAUGUCCAUUUUUUUCUGCCAUAUUUGCAGGGCAACGGUUUGUUAAGAUCCAGAAAUUUAACGACUUCUCCUGUCCAUAACCAGUUGGCCCCGAUCGUUUAGGUCCACCGGUAAAUCACUGUCCUACUUAUAUGUAUUGAGGAAACCAAUUGCAUUAUCCACUGGAUAGAGAUUUCUCAAGUGGAUAGGGAUAUUUACCUUUUGAACAACUGGAGUAUGGUGAAUUAACGAAACUAGAAGAUUCGUAGACUUUUUAAAACCGAUUUAUUUUCUCAUCAGAUGAGAAAAGAACGCGAGAAACGGUGAGCGCAUACAAAGAUUGGGCAAUCCUUUGCGGAUCCCCUUUAGUACUUUAGUUUCAUUUUACUUUCACACUGUUUUAAACUUGCAUUCAGUUUUCUUCCAAUUUUCCCUGCUCGUUCAGCAAUUAACGGAAAUACAAGAAAAGGAAGAGUUUUUGAAAGGUCUUGAUAAUUCUCAGGUGUGUCUAAACAACAGAUUAACUGGUCUUGAGUAAAUCAAGCGUAUUGAAUGAAUGUUAGUCAUUGCAUUAUGACUUUC